AUGGCUACAAUGGGCUCUUUUCAGCCCUAUGGGCAUCUGAUCCGUUCAGCCCGGACCGGUAUUGCGUACGUGCCUCGCCGCACUCUCACAUACACACCCGUCCGUCGAGCCGAAGAGGACCCCAAUGCCUCCAACGACAAGCCCGAGACGAAACAGAAAUCUGGUGCUUUCUCCUCCAUAAAGAACUUCUUCGGUUUCGGCAAGUCGGAUGCCAAACCCACUAUUCGCCGUCAGACCGCUCCCCUCAAGCGCGAAGGUGAACUCGGGGCUGGUUCGAUUUUCGCCGAGGAUGAAGCAGGACCCAAGCUGACGGCUUCUGGCCGAACACCGAGCGCUCGUAAGCAGGGUCAGGUGGAGCAAGAAGGAGAAGCGGAGGAUUUCACUGUUGAGAAGCGGAACAGAAGCCACAUGAUGGCGGUGCUGGAUCCGCGUCCAAAGGCGCGGAUUAGGUGGGAGCGUAAGAUGGUCGUGCGUGAGCUUCGCAGUCGCGGCCGGCUGUCGAAGACAGAGAAGAUCCUGCGUACGGAACGAGAGUCGCUGUCCAAGUCGCACUGGUUCAAGACUUCGAUCAAGAAGCUGGGUCCGCUGGCUCGCCAAAUUGCGGGGAAGAAUAUCGACGAGGCUAUUCUCCAGAUGCAGUUCAGCAAGAAGAAGGCCGCUAAAGAUGUUCUGGAGCACCUCAAGCAUGCAAAGAACGUCGCCAUUGUACGCUCGGGUAUGGGGCUAGGUGCCGCUCAGGCUGGCGAGGAUGCACCGAAACCAAAACCCAUCACCAUCACCCUCAAAAACGGCGAGCGCAAGACCAUAUCCGAUCCUACCUCAAUCUAUAUCGCCCAGGCGUGGGUUAACCGGGGCCCAUACGGCCAUGAUUACGACCACCGUGCUCGUGGUGUGAUCAACAUUAUGCGCCCGCCAUACACCUCUCUAUCAGUUCUGCUCAAGGAGGAGAAGACACAGAUCCGUGAAUGGCAGGACCGCGAAGCCAGGGAGCUGCGCAAGCGCAAGGCAAACCUCUGGGUGCAGUUGCCCGACCGCCCGAUCACUCAACAGAACCAGUACUACAGCUGGUGAUGUUGCCUCUUGUACGGUUCUAUCUGCACUAGUAUCCUCUGGCGUUUUGUAUUAUUUACAUUUUUGGGAGCACUCCGCCUGGGCCGGAUCAGCAUUUUUUGUUCAAAUGACAUUACUGUCAGACCUCAACAUGUACACUACGAAAUAUAACUACAUACAGUU